GACUCCAUUUAGAGACAACAAGGCAAAAGGAUGAAGACUGAAGGCUGAAGCAGGACUGACUUCAGAUCAGAAGAUGAGUGAUUGUGUGGAGGAAGAGGAGGACAGAGCAGAGUCUCUAGUCUCUGGCUGUCUGUCUAUGAAAAGUGAUGAGUCCAUAGGUUGUCCUCUACUCUUCAGUAAUGAACCUGGACCCUCAGACACAAAAGUUCAGUACAGACAGAGAGCAGAGUCUCCAGUACCCAGCUGUCUGUCUAUGAAGAGUGACCAGUCUAAAGGUGAUCCUCUGGACUUCAGUAAUGAACCUGGACCCUCAGACACAAAAGUUCAGUACAGACAGAGAGCAGAGUCUCCAGUACCCAACUGUCUGUCUAUGAAGAGUGACCAGUCCAAAUAUUAUCUUGUUGACUUCAGUAAUGAACCUGGACCCUCGGACACAAAAGAGAAGAAGAGGAGUCAUGCUUCUGGGGAGGAGCUGAUGUCCCGAUCCAGAACAAGACCUGGACCUCAGACAGCCAGUCAGACCAGCACUGUACAAACAGAUAGUGGUCUGCAGGAGGUUGUAGAUGAACAUAAGAUCAGUCUGAGGAGGAGAUGUGAAUGUGUGACUGAAGGAACUGAUGAAACAGGAAGUGGAACCCUCCUCAACAGGAUCUACACUGAGCUCUACAUCACAGAGGGACAGAGUGAAGACGUUAAUACCCAACAUGAGGUGAGGCAGCUUGAGACAGCUUCCAAGAAGAAGACCCUCCAUGACGCUCCAAUCAAGUGCCAGGACAUCUUUAAAGCCUUACCUGACCAACAGGGACACAUCAGAGUUGUUCUGACGAACGGCGUCGCUGGCAUUGGAAAAACCUUCUCAGUGCAGAAGUUCACUCUGGACUGGGCAGGGGGCUUGGAAAACCAAGAUGUCAGUCUGGUGGUUCUGCUUUCGUUCAGGGAGCUGAACUUGAUCAGAGAUGAGCAGUACAGUCUUCUCAUGCUGCUCCAUGUUUUCCAUCCAACAUUACAGAAGGUCACAGCAGAGAAGCUCGCUGUCUGUAAAGUUCUGUUCAUCUUUGACGGCCUGGAUGAAAGCAGACUUUCACUGGAUUUCAAGAACAACGAGGUUGUGUCUGAUGUCACCCAGAAGUCAUCAGUCAACGUGCUGUUGACAAACGUCAUCCAGGGGAAUCUGCUUCCCUCAGCUCUCGUCUGGAUAACUUCCCGACCUGCAGCAGCCAAUCAGAUCCCUCCUGCAUGUGUUGACAGGGUAACAGAAGUACGAGGCUUCACUGACGCCCAGAAGGAGGAGUACUUCAGGAGGAGAGUCAGUGAUGAAGAGCUGUCCAGCAGAAUCAUCUCACACAUCAAUACAUCCAGGAGCCUCCACAUCAUGUGUCUAAUCCCAGUCUUCUGCUGGAUCACUGCUACAGUUCUGGACCACAUGUUGACUACAGACCAGAGAGGAGAGCUGCCCAAGACCCUGACUGACAUGUACUCACACUUCCUGUUGGUUCAGACAAAGAGGAAGAAACAGAAGUAUGGUGAGGGACAUGAGACGAGUCCACAGGAGCUGACGAAGGCUGACAGGGAAGUUCUUCUGAAGCUGGGGAGGCUGGCGUUUGAACAUCUGGAGAAAGGAGACAUCAUGUUCUACCAAGAAGACCUGGAGCGGUGUGGUCUGGAUGUCACAGAGGCCUUGGUGUACUCAGGAGUUUGUGCAGAGAUCUUCAAAAGAGAGUGUGUGAUCUUCCAGAAAACAGUCUACUGCUUUGUUCAUCUGAGCAUUCAGGAGUUUCUGGCUGCAGUCUACAUGUUCCACUGUUACACAAACAGCAACACAAAGGUACUGGAGGCCUUCCUGGGAGAAGACUACAAGCACAGAGAUCGUGGCCCCUCUCUAGAUGUCUUCCUGAAGAGAGCCAUGGAGAAAUCCCUUGAAAGUAAAAAUGGCCACCUGGACCUGUUUGUUCGCUUCCUUCAUGGCCUCUCUCUGGAGACCAACCAGAGGCUCUUAGGAGGUCUGCUGGGUCGGACAAAGAGCAGUUCAGGAAGCAUCCAGAGAGCCAUCAACAACCUGAAGGAGAUGAACAAAGAUAAUAUCUCUCCUGACAGAAACAUCAACAUCUUCCACUGUCUGACGGAGAUGAACGACCACUCAAUACAAGAGGAGAUCCAAGAGUUCCUCAAGUCAGAGAACAGAUCAGAGAAGGAACUCUCUGAGAUCCACUGCUCAGCUCUGGCCUACAUGCUGCAGAUGUCAGAGGAGGUUCUGGAUGAGUUGGACCUGAACAAGUACAAGACAACAAGAGAGGGACGACUGAGACUGAUUCCAGCUGUGAGGAACUGCAGAAAAGCUGAAUUUUCUGACUGUCAGAUGUCACAUACUCACUGUGAAGUUCUGGCCUCAGCUCUGAAGUCCAACCCCUCCCAUCUGAGACAGCUGAACCUGAGUAAUAACAACCUGGAGGAUUCAGGAGUGAAGCUGCUUUCUGCUGGACUGGAGAGUCCAAACUGUAGACUGGAGACUCUGAGAUUGAGUCGUUGCAGUUUGUCAGAGAUCAGCUGUGCUUCUCUGGUCUCAGCUCUGAAGUCCAACCCCUCCCAUCUGAGAGAACUGGAGCUGAGUAAAAACAAGCUGAAGGAUUCAGAAGUGAAGCUCCUGUGUGGUUUUCUGGAGAGUCGACACUGUAGACUGGAGACUCUGGGAUUGAGUUACUGCAGGUUGUCAGAGAUCAGCUGUGCUUCUCUGGUCUCAGCUCUGAAGUCCAACCCCUCUCAUCUGAGAGAGCUGGAUCUGAGCCUCAACGAGCUACAGGAUUCAGGAGUGAAGCUCCUGUGUGGUUUUCUGGAGAGUCCACACUGUAGACUGGAGACUCUGAGACUGAGGUUCUGCAGUUUGUCAGAUAUCAGCUGCGCUUCUCUGGCCUCAGCUCUGAAGUCCAACCCCUCCCAUCUGAGAAAGCUGGAUCUGGAUGGAAACAAACUGCAGGAUUCAGGAGUGAAGCUCCUGUGUGGUUUUCUGGAGUGUCCACACUGUAGACUGGGGACUCUGAGAUUGAGGGGCUACUGGUUGUCAGAGAUCAGCUGUGCUUCUCUGGCCUCAGCUCUGAAGUCCAACCCCUCCCAUCUGAGAGAGCUGGAUCUAAGUAACAACAAGCUGCAGGAUUCAGGGGUGAAGCUCCUGUGUGGUUUUCUGGAGAGUCCACACUGUAGACUGGAGACUCUGAGAUUGAGCGACUGCAGGUUGUCAGAGAUCAGCUGUGCUUCUCUGGCCUCAGCUCUGAAGUCCAAUCCCUCCCAUCUGAGAGAGCUGGAUCUGAGAGUAAACGAGCUGCAGGAUUCAGGAGUGAAGCUGCUGUCUGAUCUUGUGGAGAGUCCAAACUCUAGACUCAAGACUCUGAGCGCAGACAUUCACCUUGGUGAGCAGCGACACAUGAGCGACGCCGUCCUCGACAUGCACACUGGCGUCCCGUAAAGCCCAAAUGUAGCCUGCCUGCACAGAGCAUGCUCCACGGCUUCCUGCGUUACAACAGGACUAUUUUGAUACUGCUGUUACAUGCCCACAAGGAGACUGAGAGGAUGACAGCCCUGCUACUGUAACUAACUGACAACACACAGACGGGCCGCCAUCACUUCCAGACAGAGAAAAAAGGCACAUGUACCGUAUCUUUAACACCUGUUGGAUCUGUCCCUGAGCAAAACACCAAUCUCUGGAGUCAGAUUUGUCUCAAAACAUUUCUGCAUAAAAAUAAGAUUGUGAAAUGGUGAAAUCAUAAAAAAGUUACAAAUUAUGUCUGUUUUAGCUGAAAUAUACCUGCCCAUCCCAGA